CUAACACUAAAGUUCCCCUCUAUCUGUGCUUCCCCCUCCCUCUCUUCCCCUCUGUCCAUGAAAGUGUUAAAAAAAAAACUUUGAUUCACUUAUUUGUUUCCAGCGCUGAUGUCCCUGGGCUUCUGGUUGCACUCCUUCGAUGUCAGCCAAUGGGGGGGAACCUAAUGCUCAUGCGCAAAGAGCUCAUGCAUUAGGCCUUUUUGCCACAAGAAAGCAUUGACUCAAUGUUUUCUGACAUUUGUGUACAAAUGUUGUGCCUAAAUCAGGGGUACUUCUUUUUCUCAUCAUAUCCUAUAUUUCCUCUAGAAUAGAGAUUAUUGAAAAGAAUUCUCGUGAAAUUGAGAAUCAGAUACAGAAACUUGAAGAUGAGAAGAGGGCAUAUACUGAAUUAGAGAAGUCCGAGCCUCCAGAAGCAAUGAUAGACCCUUCUAAGCCCAUCCCAGGUAUGUGCAGGGCUCUAUUUAAUUUCUUGCAAUAUAGUGCAUACCUUAUUUGAAAAUAAUGAUCAAACUAAAUAUUUGAUGGAUGUUAUCUAACAGGUGUAGCCAGCAGGCAGCUCUCCAGCCAUUAUGAAAUAAUUAUUAUAAGUAAUGUAUUACUUUCCUACAGCAAAAAAAUUUAGGUCACAGUCUAAUGUAACCCUAUCAUCAUUAUGGUUCUCAGCUUAGAAUUAUACACAUUAUUAUGCCUGGAGUCCAAGCUCACCAGAUUCUAAAAUCUAUUUCCAUAUUCUUUGGGACACAGAGAAAUAGGCAAAGGCUAACCCUGGCAGGACUGAUAUGAUUUGGGUACUGACAUGGUAGAAAAUGGCAUGGUGGGUGUGAAUGUGAAGUGGAUUGAUAUUGAAAGCAGAAAAGGCCUACUGACACAAAUGCUAAAACAAGGACAACAAUGGAGGCAGUUGAGAGUGGAUAUUAACUUACAAUUAGAACAAAUAAGGAAGGUAGCUAGGACUUGGAAACGGAUGUAGAGGGGAAGGAGAGGCUCAUAAAGAGGGGACUGGUUUGGAGGACAGAAAAGAAAGGAGGGGAAUCACAUAUGGGGACAAGGAUAAAUAUAUAUUUGAAGAGUUGCCAAUGAUAAAACAAAAAGGCAAGAGGGUCUGGGCACUUUUAUAUUGUUAAACAAUGCGUAUAAAAUAUUGGACAUCAUUGUCCUAGAAGUAUGGUUGGAGGUGGGAUUCAAAUAGCAUUUUCUGGUACAAGUUAGUAUUUAAUGUGAACCAUGCAGUUUUGUGCGUAAAAGGCCCAUUGUCAUGUACGCUACACACUGAAUGUUUAGAUCCGUUUGCUUAUGUGUCAAAUACAUUUGAGCAAUUCAUGUAAUGAAUGGGUGUGGGGUGGGGAGGUUGGAGCUCUCGGGAUGCAGCUAUCAAGAACAUGUAGUUGACCUCUUGUAUUUAUGGUCUUUUUGUCAAUGUGUUGCCUGUUUUGCUUUUUGUAAAUGUGUCCAAUAUGGUAUUUGUACCUUUCUUUAGAUUUUUUAGGUUGGUCUUUUCCUUUCUCACAGGCAUGACGAUAGAAGAAUCUCUUGAUUUUGAAGCUCUUGCAAAAUACCAGAAACAGCUAGAGGACAGAAAGCAAUCCUUGAAAGAUGCCAUGAAAACAAAAUAUGUUCCUACUCAGAUAAAGGAAGAAUUGGAUGAAAAGCUCACUCUUGCCGUGCAGGAAAGAGAUGAAGUAGAAUUAAUAAACAAUAAAUUAAUGGAUAGGUAAAUAAUUAAACAGUUACCAAAAGAAGCAUGCUAAAUUAAUCUGUAAGUAUAAAAAAGAGAUUUAAGAUAUAAAAAAAUAAUUAAACAGACUUGUUGUAUACUGAUCCAAAAGAACUGUUCACAGGGCUUUCAACUGUGUUUUCAAAGCAACAACUAAAUAUAUUGCAUUAAAAAUUAAAGUCAAAAAGACAGAGGAAUACUUUGAUAAGAAGGGAGCCAACACUGGCAUGAACCCUCUCGGGCAGCACGAAAACAACUCUUCAGCCGAGAGGAUACAUCAUAAGCAUCUUAGGACGUCAUGAUGUUUGUGAUGGCCUGUGAUCUCAACCAGACACGAAUGUUUCAACUGAUAUCUAAAGAAAAUAUUAUUUAUAGAAAGUGGUGAAUUCCAGUGAUCACUAUAAACUAUGUGCUAAAAUUGUAUUCACUUUAAUAUGCCUAAUAUAUGUCAAUAUAGUGAUUUGGUGCAUAGAUUCAGCCUCUUUUGUCUGGAAACGUAAAACUUUACCAUUUCUGAGAAACCGCAGUUUUUUUUUCAUUUUUAAAUUAAAGCAUACCUCUUCUUCCUCUUUAAGACCUUCAAUAUUCAAAGUUCUUGACGUCCAGAGUCAUUGCACUGCCCUUAUUAAGUAUAUUAUUUAUUAAAUUGUGGGCUGCGUCAGUCAAACCAUACUUUACAGAGAAUAAUGCACAGAUGGUGACACCCACAAUGCACUGGGGUUGAAACUGUGCUUAGUUAGAUAGUAAUGAAAAUAAUGCCCAGCACUUCUAAUGCAAGCUCUAAAAUUAUUUAAGGCAGUAACACACAGACAGAUGACUCUGCCUCAUACAGGGCUUUUGUGUUAAGCUGAAACAUUGUCCAUCUGUGUGUUGUUGCUUUAAAUAAUUAGAGAGCUCGCUUUACCAGUGCUGAAUCUUAAUUUCCAUUGCUGAUCUGUUGGAUUGCGGUUCUGGAGUCUUUACACCCAAUUAAGGUAUUUAUUAGUGAAUACUCACUUCAUUACUCAGUCAAGAUAACAUGGAAAAGAAACCGCACUCAAUUCGCUUGACAAAGACUCCAUUGAGAGUCGAAACGUUGCAUUGUUUCACAUGUUGUAAUAAAGGUGCCUGAAGACAUUGGAGUGCAUGGACCCUUUUUUUAAUAAUGGUAUUUAUCAGUCAAAAUAACGGGCAGAUCAUGUUUAUUGUACUUCUGUUACAAUUAUUUAUUUCUUGCCAUUUUUCCUUAAUACAAACCUAUAAACAUUUUCUAUAUUAGAUGUAACUAGAAUACUAUAGUUUAACUCUAAUAAAUAAAUUGUAGCCAUUUAUAAUUUAAAAUUGUUUGACGACUUGUUGAAUUUCUAGAUACAGGAAAAGUAGAGUUGCAGCGGACGCCAUUUCAUCGUGGGCAAGGUCUGAUAAAAGUAUUUCUCUCCAUGAUGCUUUAUCACAAGCUAUAGCUAAAGAAAGCCAGUUGAAAGGUAUUGUCAAGAAUUUUCCAGAAACCGUUUUUAAUCUUAAAAAAUCUUUCAAACAUAGCUAUUGUCUCGAAGUGACAUGGUCAGUAUGUUACCAUUCUGGUCAGUUAGAAAAACAGAUUUUAUAUUGUCACGUAAGGCAACUUCAGUGGAAUGAUGUGUGAAUUUCAUUAUCAUAUACCUUGAGGUAUUAAAAGGGUUUGUUGCCUGCCUAAGUUUCGAGCGACAAUAAUGUAAGAAACAUUUAAAUAAAUAUAAAAAAAUAGAACUUUUUUUAUAUAUUUCUAACAGCAGGAAAUGAGUCGGGUUUAGCCUGUUUCUCACCCUCACCCCAUGUGUGAUGGGGAGAGGUUAAUUAACAAAAGAACCAAACCUAUGUAGGUGUCCAAAUAAUUGUGAACUGCACUGUAUGUUUAGAUACUCUCACUAGGCAUUGUGAUUUCAACUUUCAGCUUUUAUCCAACAGAUGACUUGAUACCUGCAAAUGUAUUUGAUGACACGGAUCCCAGGAAAAUCUCAGAAGGCAAAUCUUUGCUAGAAUAUGUUGAAAGGUAAUUUGCAUGUCAUUAGUGGUGUAUCUUUGUUUUGUGCCUCCUUAGGUAUGACUAAACCUGGGCACCCCCCAAUCUAAAUUUGCCCCACCUUCCUGCCAUGGCUGCACCUCUUUCUGAUUAAGAACCCUCCCCUUCCUCUUUAGACUCCACCUUUUCCUACUUCUUUUUAAAGGGAUACUAUAGUGCAACGAAAACAAACCUGUUUUCCUGGCACUUUAGUGCCCGCCUUCCUCGUGGUAGACCGACACUAGAGGUGGAGUUAACCCCUCAAAGUAAUUAUUGCAGUUUCUGAGAAACAGCAAUAAUUACACUUGCAGGGUUAAGGGGACUGGGACACUGCACCCAGAACACUUCAAUGGGCUGAAGUGGUCUGGGUGUCUAUAGUGUCCCUUUAAGCACACACUCUGACAGACACACACAUUCACUGACAGACUCACACUGGCAGAUACACACUGACAGAAACAGACUCACUAAAUUGACCCACACACAUUCACCGACUGGUACACACUGGCAGAUACAGACUGACAAUCACACGCACACACACUUAAUGACAAACACAGACAUCACUGACAGACACAGACUCACUGAUUUGACACACACACAUUCACUGACACACACUCAUUCAUUGAUAGACACACACACUGACAGAUACAAACACUGUCAGGCACACACUGAUAGUCACAUACACACUCAAUGACAAACAGACUUUCACUGAUUUGACAUACACACACACGCUCCAUCACUCACAGACACAGUCACUCACAGACACACACACUUACACUCACAGUCACACACACGUACACUCAGACACACACACAUACACUCAGACACACACACAUACACUCACAGACACACACCUACACUCAUAGACACACAUACACUCACAAAUUAUUAAUAUUAUUGUAAUUUAACAUUUUCCACCCAGCCUUCCUACCUGGAGAGCUGGCUUGGGUCUGUCGUUGGGGAUCCAGUGAGGCGGCUGUAUUGGCAUCAUAUACGGCGAGGGAGCUGUGAUCUCCCUGCUCUGCUCCCUCGCAUCUCGCGAGCUGUCUACUGAUGCCAGGAGCCGAAUGAUGUCAGAGAUGUCGGAGCAGAGCAGGGAGAUCACAGCUCUCUCGCCGUAUAUGAUGCCAAUACAGCUGCCCGCCAGGGGGUCUACAAGGUGGCCAACAGGCCAGCUCUUGGAACCCCCCCAUGACAGGGGGAACACCAGGGAAAUCCGAGUGAGUGCUUGGGGGGCGCGUUUUUUUUUUUACCACCCCCCGGUUAGUGCCGCCCCAAGGCAAAUGCCUAGUUUGCCUUGGGCUAAAUACAAAUAUGCAUGUCAUUGAUAAUAUAUUUUAAUAAACAUGAGCUUUUCAUAGACCUGUCACAUAAAUUUGAAAUGUAAAUUUGUCAUAAACCUGGGUUCACAAUCGAGUCUUUCCUUGACUAGAGCCCUAUAUAUUCCAAAAUCACUUUAUUGACAGGAGUGUUAUACACAGGACAGUGACCACCGUACAUAUUUGUUUUAUUGCCUUUUUUGCUGCUUGCAAUCAACCCUUAGUUCCGUACUGUUCAGGCUUGGGUGGAUAGCGUUACAGUGUCCUGUUUCCCUUCAGAGUGGGUGCAUGUUGUUCUUUUUUGGUGCAUUUUUCUGUUUAUAUUCUAGUAGAGGCUGGGCUACAGUGGAUGUUGCCCUAAAUGCCCCUUGUGACAUUGGAACAUGUCACUAGUGCAUUUCUGGCAACCCUAUAGUAUUCUAUUUCAUACAUCCAUGAGCUAGAAUGACUCAGACACACUGUAGGUAGGCAGGUUUGGUAGAAUAAAAGGCCUGUUAAAUUACUCUUUGAGUAUGGAGAUUUCUAUCUUCAGGGUUACUGUGAUAAGUUCUUGCCUUGCAGCACCUGGGGUAAGAUUGGGAAUCAGAAAGAUUUAUUUCUAAAAAAAAAAAAAGCACAGCUCAGGUUAUUAUGCACUUGCCUUUUGUAUUUCAAAUACUCACUCCAGGUACCCACAAAUAUUAGAGGUAAUGUGUACGUCCGGUUACAGUUAGUUACACAGUCUAUGUACCAAAAUUAUUUUAUCAUGAAAAUAAAACUGUUUUGGGAAAUAGAUGCUGAUCUUGCAGUUUUACAAAUCAAAACAGGAUAGUUUCUGAAAAACAUUUUGCAGUUUCCACUCCUACUAAUGGCUGUAAGACAGACUUCCAUAGUAAAAUAGGUCUAAUUCUUGAAUAUGAUGUCUGACUUCAGCAUGCAAUAUAUGCUGAAGCUAGAUUCUGUGUGCGACCAAUGCUUCUCAAAAAAGCAUUGUAUUGGAGGAUCGUGGAGAUUGCCACAUAUCUGCUAUUUGUCUUCAGUGCUUGUCUAUGAGAAGCAUCUGAUUGGACACAGAUUACCAAGUUUAAUGAUCUGACUGGAGGAGGAAUGGGCUGUAGUGAGGAGACUAUCCCGUCUUUGGAUUAUGGGUAAAUUCAAUGUUUUUCUUUUUAGGAUAUACAAUCAAUCUAUGGCAAUUAUUUGAUAAACCAGAAAUUAUUAAGAGCUGACAUGGAAUCAUACAUUUUUAGGACAAAAUUGCCCGAAACUACUUGGUGAAUUCUCCAGACUUCCUUCUUUAGUGUACAAACUCUAUUAUUGAGUAAUGUUGUUCAUUAAUCUGUUAUGAAUAGAUCUGCUACAUUUAACGGUGACUGUUCUGUGCUGGCAGGUACUAUACAAUUAUAGGGUUGUAGUCUGCAGUGUGUACAAUCCCAGCUUGCAGAACACACUGAAAUGCUGCAAGAUAACUUGUUAAACGGAAUGCCUUUGGCAAUAAUUGUAUAGUUUUUGGCACCAAGAAUUCCUAUAUUGUCUCAUCUUACCCUUCCUUACAGAUUUAAUGACUUAUUGUUAAGCGGUCAGUACAAGGCUGCGGCAUCCCUCGCAGCACACAGUCCUAGAGGAAUUCUUCGAAACGUGGAAACUAUGGAGAGAUUCAAAGGUAUGUUGUGAGGUUCUUGUUUAUUACUGUAGACACCAAAACCACUUCAGCCAUUGUUUCACUUUAAUUUAAAGAGUAGUUGUGCUCAUCCUAUGUGAUGAUUGGUACUAUUCUAGUGGUGAACUUCUUGUCCCAUAAGCCACUGCUGUGUAGGAGUUUAUAGAAUAAAAUUUUCUUCCUGGUGAGUGAAUGAUCAGCCUGCAGCUAUGGGCAGACCCACAAAACACUGCACAAAGCAAAACAGUAAAGGUUGAAAGUCCUCUAAUUCUUAUUAUAGGGAAGCACUGGAUAAGCAUUUGCACUUGACACCCAUGUGAUUCUUGUCCUCAAUGCUUCUCUAUGAGAACCAUUCGAUUGGACGAGAAGGCAAAGAGGAGGCAGCCUCUUGGAAGACGUCACAGGAGGCAGAGUGGGCAGCUAUGCAGAGUGAGUCUUGGCACUGGACAAGGGGUAAAUAACAUGUUAUUUUUUUAUGAAAUUUAGGAGGCCCCUGAAUCUUAAAUAGGGAGUAGAACACUAGCGGCAGAAAUACAUGUUUGUAUUCUUAAAAUUAUAGUAUUCAUUUAAAGAUUCAUUUCUUUGAUAAAUAUACUGCAAUCACCUGCAUGCAUUUAGUGUCCUGAUUAAAAUCAGUGCUUUCGCAUCAGAAGUACAGGAUUUGGAAGAUUCACAAAGCCCCAAUAUUGAUAAAAAUCAGAACCAAAUGGAUCUGGCAGAAUGCACAUUCAGAAAUUAUUAUUAAUUUGUUUUCUUGCAAAUUAACUGAUAAUUCGAAGUGUUAUUUGCCCUCUUGAAGACGUUAAAACCAGUGUGAAAGUUAAUAUGUAGUGGCUGGCCAAACGUUUCAAUAAAAAUAAAUAAAUAAAAAUGCCUGUGGUGGGUUAAUAAGACCCCCAUAUUACUAUUAAGGAGAUAUUAAACCUCCCUAUGCCCACACUUGCCAUGCAGUAGGUGGAGACAUAUCUCCUAAAUUUUUAAAACUAGUGACUGGGCAGCCAUUACAUGGGUACAUUGCAGUCUAUUAACAGCGCAGGAGAGUAGAAAUUAUAUGUUAAGCACACUGUGCAAUAAGUUUAAAAAUUAGACCUCUCUUUAUAGGAAGUGUGUAAGUAACAGGCAGGGGAAGUGUGGCUGUGGCUGCAUAAACAAAGUGAUUUCGCUCCCUAAUUACAGAGAAUUGAGCGGUGAACCUGCAGGGGAAUGAUCUAUACACCAAAACUGCUUUGUUAACCUAAAAAUGCUACGUGAAGCUAAAGUUGUUUGUUUCUUAAGGUGUCCAUUUAAGUACUAAUGCUUAUCAGGUCAGGUGUGUGGAAUUUGUAUUGCAAAUUGGAGUGUACUUAAUACCAAAUUGCUAAAUUUAGGCUAGAACUGUCAGGCUGUAACUAUUCUCAUUAAAAAUUUGUAAUUACAAUUUGCUGAUUACUGAAGAAACCCUUCUGAGUGAACCGCUCAGACAAUUGCAGGGUAAGUGCCAUGCGUAAAAUGAACUUUUCAUAGUGUCUAAGUGGUUUUCCUUAUCAAUUAAUUGGAAAAUAUGUCUUUUUUGUUCAAUUCGCAAAAUGAUAAAUGCUAACUGAUGGUCAGCAUCAUAAGAAGCAGACAUGAAUAGUGUACAGAUGUUACAAGCAGGAAUGAACUAUGGGAACUUGCUGCUAUUACGUAGCUGCAAUAAAUUGACCGGCUGUUGGUAUUAUAGAUGCUAAACAGCUGCUUUUUAACAACAAGCAAGGAAAUUAGCCCUGUGUGGGUUUCAUUAGAUUAAAUUCCAGAUUAUGAUAAUAUUUGGGUAACAGCCUUUGCAUAGCUGUUUUUAGUCCAAAACUUUCAUCAUCGCCAUCCAAACAUAGAUCCCUUUAUUAAUCGAUCCGUUUCUACAAUUUCUACAUAGCUUUAAGCUGUUAAGAUAUCUCAGUAGAUUAAUGUGCCUGCUGAAGAGGUCUUGCUAAUGGGUUCAUUCUGACUUGCAUCUUUCUGAGGAUGAAUUAGUACAAGAUCCUUUGAGUAAUAGUAAUAUUAUGUGACUUAUGAUGAAGUGCAUUGAUACCAUCUGCUAGACUAGAGCAAGCCAAGCUCACUGUUAUUAUUAACUAAGCAAGCAUUUAUCUAGCCUUGCCCUCCAAUAUUCCUGUUUUCCUACUAAGGUUCUAUCUAUAUAUCCUCUUCACAGCUGCUGAAGACACUGACGGACAGGUUUUCCCUUUGUUAUUAUUCUUCGAAGCCCUUAUGGGCACCAGUUAUUUGGCAAAGCAUCCUGUCAAUGCAACCCUCACACUGGAAGGAGUUAAGUGCGCUCUGUCCUAUGACAAAAUAGAUCUGGUUGUUCACUGGGUUACACAUCAGAGGUAAAACAUACUGUUUAUAUGAUGAUCACCUUUAUGUGUAUUAGUCUGAUCACAAUACCAGGGAAAUAAAAACCUGUCUCUAAUCCUCACUCUUGCCUUGGCAGUCGAUAGACUGAUCAGUAUCCCUUUACAAGAAUACAGCGUUACACUAUUGAUCACACACUAAUCUGGUGGAGGUAGAGUUACAAUUGUAUAAACUCUGUUAUAAACAUAAACCUAGAAUGAAAAUGUAACAAUACUAAUCAGCACACAAACCUGUGCACCAAACCGUCAUUGCCAGCUGCUCAAUCGAUCCAUACAGACAUUAAUUCUUUGCUUCCAUUCCCGUGCUUAUGAAUUUAGGGUUAACACUUUCUUAUGUUAUGAUUCUCAUGACUUUCACUUUGCACUGUUUUUUUUGCCUGUAUUUUCUAUUUUUCACUUUUUACCCAGCGCCGGGCAGCUACUCCAACUCUUCGAUGAUCCUGCCAAUGGAUCAUCUCUAUCCAAUCCAAUGCUUCUCGUAGCAGCUGCUAGAGGAAUUCUCACUGACAAAUAUAAAGACUGUCAUUUCUCACAAACAACAUGUUACAUUUGUCUGAGUCUAUUAAAAUGAGGGGUUUUGGUACUUAGAGUGUCCUUUUAAUGUUUGGCAAACACACCGUGCAAUGGAUUUUAUUUUUAAUUUAAACCUCUUUCCCAUUUCUUUAUUUUAAUAAAAAUAAACCCCCUGCCUUUUCUUGCCUUCUGGGCAUUGGGUUUGCCUCCCCUCUGUAGUGUUUCAGAAAGCACUACAGAGCAUGUACAUCAAAAUGUCAAAAUUGCUUUUAGAAAUUCUUACCUUUGGUUUUUUUUGCAAAUGAGCAAUUAAUGUGUGUGCUUUAGAUAUUUGCGCCUGUCACAGAAAACCUGCCAUGAUUUGUAACUUUUUAAAUUUAUUACCAAAAACUAAAUUCUGAAAUCAAAGUGCCAAAAAAUAGCACAAGAUCUCACCAAAGCAGAUGUACUAAAAGCAAUUCCUGUCAUUUUUAUACAUAGCACCCAUAUGCUUUAUCCUCAGGAUAGAAGGUAAUUAUCGUUUUGUUUGUUCUGUAAGGAAUUUGUCUUUCUGUGAUGAAAGUACUUUUCUCUCCAUGUCUAAUCUUUUUUCAUAUAUUCGUAGGAUAUCAUUUUCGGAGGCUCUCGGUGAUAUUAUUAAGGAGUACGGGGAUAAAGAGCCAUUUCAGAAAUCCACCUGUCUGGCCUUGAUGCAGUUAAUAUACAGGAAGUGCUCAAAUGUCAGGAAGGCAGCGCUCUGUAUGUGUUUGCAGGACCAGGUACAAGGGGCCCUGGAAUACACCUAUCAAAGCAAACGCUUCUCGUUGGGUAAUUCAUUAUAUCUAAAAAUAAUAGUAAUUUAAUACAGUCUGUCCUCCCAGGUUAAGGGGUUAAUUAUGGUAAACCAUUGUAUUAGAUGUUAGCACUUAGUAAAGGCUGUAUGGUAACAAAAGAAGUAAAGGAUUUUAUUAGCAUUGUCUUGUGUGAUACUUCUAUAUAAUGUUGUGUAGUUAGCUCUUACAGAAAGGUUUAAACAUAUGGAGGGCACUUGUUCUAAUUACACGUGUGUAUAACAGAUUAUUUUUGACCUAGCAUAUUAUUGUGUUGGCUCACUAGAUUAUAAAUUUUGGUAAAAUCCCUGAAGAUUUGCAAUUCUCGGUUGUCCAAUUUUGAUAACCACGUGUCAUACGUAGCUUUUGCUUACCGUCCUUGGUGGAAACAAUCAUGAUCCUCUACCGCUAUAAGGUGUCUGCUUCACACUGUGAUACAUUAUGUGUGUUUAGAGAUACCCUCCUUCACAUCACUUUCUAUCGUACUGAACAAGCCUGACUAGCAACCUCUGACCUCUCAUUGGCAUGGUUUUUACUAACAGAAGUGUAGCUCAGAGAUAUUUUAUAAUUUAUAGAUUUUUUUCUGUGUUAGAGACAGACAUAUCAGAAAUGCCCAUCAGUCAGCUGAUUCAUAGAUAUUGUAUUCGCCUUGCCUAGCUCCAAGUGUAACAAUCAGAUCACAAUUAGAUCACAGAUCUAUGUUGUUCCAAUGUUUGUCAAACACCAACUAAACCUCUUCAACGUGUCAAAAAGGAAACAUUCAUAUUUGAGUUGCUGCCGCUUGCUUUUCAGUUUUGCUCUUUAUUUUAACAUGCUGAUGGUGUACCUAAUAAAUAAUAGACUGACUAUUUAGUUACUAGAUGUCAUACGAGUAGAUAAUAAGACAAAUUGAUAGAUUCAGAUACAGAGACUCUUAUGAAUAGACGGUGAAUAUAUAGAUUGAUGGAUGGAGUAAGAUACAAUCUCUCUCUUUCUUUCUAUGUGUAUUUGUGUACUACAUGUAUUAUCAAUAUCUUUUUUACAGAUGACUAUUUAUUUCUGCUUAAAAACUGUCCUACGGCAGAGCUGAUCCAUGGUUUGACCAGAGAAUGGAAUGGAAAGCCCGCAGUGUUAUCUGUUGGACAGGCUGCGCUCUCUCUGAUCUAUACCGACCACAAGGAGUAUGGAUUUCAGCUGUUAGAAAACAUACACACAUGUGGAGAAAGUAUGUAUCCGUGUGUAAUAUAAAACAAUCCACAUGCCAGCAGUGUGUUUGUAUACUAAUCCGAGUAGGCAUAGUUUAAUAAGUAAUUUGAAGACAAUGACUGCGAUUACUGUGGGGAGGGAUAUUAUAAAUACUAGAAACAUUUUAUAAGUUCAAUCGCCGAUAUUUAUACAUGGUGAGAUAUACAUGGGGAAGAGGUGGGGGGAUUACUAAAUUAGGAUUUGUAAAGUAAAUUCCCAACUUAGUAUAAAGCCUGCUUUUGAACAUUCACAACGUUUUGAGGAAGCUCCUCAUACACAUGCUUCAAGUCCACUUCUUUUCUAUGGUUUUCCCAUAUUUUCCAUUUCUCUGAUUACCUUUGUUCCUUGAUCGCUCCCUUCUUUCUAUUUGAUUACCUUUUUUCGUUCCAUGAUCCCCCCUCUUUCCUAUUCUCUCCUUACCUAAUUCCAUUAUUUCCAAAGCCCCAUCUGUCUUUCUUUGCUGCGGUUCCUCUCUAAUGGCUCUCAUUCCUCUUGUAAUUUCUCUGUCUGCCCCCUGCAUUGUCCUGCUCCCUAUUCUUCUCUUUUACUCCCAUUCCCUCCUUGCUCCCCAUUUACCCCCACCCCGCCCAUAUUGCCCGAGUGCUCUCACAAGCCUCUUUCAUUCUUCAACUGCUUUACCAUGGAUUGCUUUACCUCUCUCUCACAGUGUUGCCAUUGACCAACACAUCUCUCUCACUGCUACCCAAUGUAUUGCCCCAUCUCUCUCACUGCUACCCCAUGUAUUGCCACAUAUUUCUCACUGCUACCCUAUCCCCAUAUAUUGCCUCAUCUCUCUCACUGCUACCCGAUGUAUUGCCCCAUCUCUCUCACUGCAAGCCCAUGUAUUGCCCCAUCUCUCUCACUGCAUCCCCAUAUAUUGUCCCAUCUCUCUCACUGCUACCCAAAUAUUGCCCCAUCUCUCUCACUGCAUCCCCAUAUAUUGUCCCAUCUCUGUCACUGCUACCCAAAGUAUUGCCCCAUCUCUCUCACUGCAUCCCCAUAUAUUGUCCCGUCUCUCUCACUGCUACCCCAUGUAUUGCCCCAUCUCUCUCACUGCUAGCCAAUGUAUUGCCCCAUCUCUCUCACUGCUACCCUAUGUAUUGCCCCAUCUCUCUCACUGCUACCAACGUAUUACCCAAUCUCUCACUGCUACCCCAUGUAUUGCCCCAUCUCUCUCACUGCUACCCAAUGUAUUACCCCAUCUCUCUCACUGCUACCCCAUGUUUUGCCCCAUCUCUCUCACUGCUACCCAAUGUAUUGCCCCAUUGCCCCAUCUCUCUCACCCAAUGUAUUACCCAAUCUCUCACUGCUACACAACGUAUUGCCCAAUCUCUCACCGCUACCCCAUGUAUUGCCCAAUCUCUCACCGCUACCCCAUGUAUUGCCCAAUCUCUCUCACUGUUAUCCCAUGUAUUGCCCAAUCUCUCUCACUGUUAUCCCAUGUAUUGCCCAAUCUCUCACUGCUACACAAGGUAUUGCCCAAUCUCUCACCACUACCCCAUGUAUUGCCCAAUCUCUCUCACUGUUAUCCUAUGUAUUGCCCAAUCUCUCACUGCUACCCAUGUAUUGCCCAAACUCUCACUGCUACACAAUAUAUUUCCUCAGCUAUCACUGCCAGCCCAUGUAUCACCCCAUAUCUCUCUCUGUUAUAAAAUUAAUUCCCUAAAUCUCUCUCAUUGUUCCACGAUAGAUCAUGCCAUCUCUAUUAUAACUUUCCCCAGUUUUCAGUCUAUUUUUUCCUCCCUUUCUUUUCCUACUUUUUAUUUUAUUUCUCAUUGUACCCUUGCUGUUGUGCCCCCCCAUAAAUCCCUUUAAAUUACACCUCUGCUCCAUGGGAAAGAAGCAAGGCAUCUCCUCUAUUGCACAGAGUGAUACCUAGCACUGCUCCCAAAAUUGUCUGACCCGUUUGUAAACAAACAAGAGACUGAGAUUUUUUCUCUAGUGUUUAUAUUUCAGUAACAGGAGACAUACUGUUAAUAUUUCAGCACCUUGGCUGCUUGAUCACAUUAGUCUCAUCCAUUAGAGUGCAUAUUGAGGUACAUAUUACCUUUCACAAAUUAAUAAUAUAUUUUAAUGGAGAAUUGAUCCCUGGAGCGUUCCUUAUUUCAUUUCACUUGUAAAACCUUCAUUAUGCAUCCAGAAUUUAACUUUUAUUAAAUACUUUAUUUUACUCAUGAAUUAUGUGCAAGAGGCCAUGCAUUUCCACAUCUGUAACUAUGAUUAAUUCAAAUACUCAGUAGUCUAUUCACUAAGCAGCAAUUUCCAUUGUCCUGGGAAUCAAAAUACACACAAAAAUGACAGAGUUGGAAAAAAUCUCUAGCAAUAUUUUAACAACUUUUAAAGGCACACUAUAGUCACAAAAACAACUUUAGCUUAAUAAAGCGGUUUUAGUGUAUAUAUCAUGUCUCUGAAGUCUGACUGCUCAUUUCUCUGCCAUUUAGGAGUUAAAUCACUUUGUUUCUGUUUAUGCAGCCCUAGCCACACCUCCCCUGGUUGUGACUCACACAGCCUGCAUGCAUUAACAGUUCAGAAAUGAAACUAUUUUUCCCUAUGUCUGAAUUGUGGGCACAUAAAAAUAAUUCUAUAAGGUUGUCUAUGCUUUACAGGUGCUGCUUAGUAAUGAAGUCAAUACAUAGCUGGUAACAUUAUAAUGCAAGAAUAUAUAUAUUCUAUACUGUAUUCCCAUUCACAUUCAUUCCUAAGGGUUUUCUGAGAAUCAAUUUUAUUUCUGUUGUAGCAUCCUCCGAGAAACCUUAAUUAGUCAUUUCCCAAUAUACACAACUGGAUCAAAUACAAAUGACAUUACUUCUAUUUUGCAUUUCAUUAUGACCUAGCAGUAUGUUUUAUAACUACCACAGUCACCUUGAGGAAAGAAAACAUAAUCAUUGUUAAAAAUUAAAUAUGUCCAUCAUUUAGAAGCAAGUAUACCCCUAUUAUAGUCUCUCUACUCAAGUGCUAGAAAAUUGAGAAUCUCUGUGGUCACUGCUUUUGUUCCUGGCAUGUGUCAAAUUCGAACAAUCCAGAGUGUGAAUAUAAUUUAUUGUGAGGGUUCUAUAGUUGGGGAAUAUGUUUUGUGCCGUCUGGAUUUCGAGAGUGGAAUAGAUAUUACAUGUAUUCUCUCUCUGUGGUUACAUCUCGUAUUGUUUUGCACCCCAGAGACUAUAAAUAUCACAUGGUUAAUCACUAAAGUGAAAAUUGAAGGUGAAUUUCAAAUUCAAGGCAUAAAUAGCUGAACUGGAAAUAUUCUCUAAGCCUGCUAUACUUCCAGCUUAGCUACUUUGGUCUUGGAUUUAAAAUUCACUUUAAAUUCUAACUUUUGUUAAUAACCCUAUUACUUUCACAUGUCCCUCCCCUCUGGUAUACCUACUUGCCUGCAUUUAUUCUAUAUGAUUUCCUUACUAUCACAGAAAGGGUGGCAUUACAUGAUUGCUUAUUGUAUUGCAGCUACUAUUAGUGCAGGCAACCUCCGGUACUCCACAUGCUGCGGACUACAUCUCCCUUGAUUUAUUACAUUUUAUUAUAUUCUUAUUUUCUCUUUCUCAGGAGCUUUGGAACAAGUUAUUCUUAAUGACGUAGCCUGUACCCUGGAAGGCUGGGCCGAGAUUGCCGAAGAAUGUUUGAACAAAAACUAUAGAUUGUUGUCUGAGAAGAUUCUGUCUAUUGUCACGUCACAGGAUGGCGUUGUGGAGAUUUCGUCCAAGGAUGAGGAUGUAAAAAUUAUGGAGCAUGUUUUCAUGUAAUACUUCCAGAGUGCCAGCAGAGGGCGCUUGUGCACCGCUUUGAGUUAUAACAAGACCAGCUUGCUGCCUGAGUAACUGACUAUCAAGUUUAGAAAUCGUGCUAAAUAAAUGACUUUAAAAAAAAUAAUUUUUUAACAUUCCCCUGUUUUGUUUUGCCAUAGCAUUACACAUGCUGCGUAUUAGUUCAUCUCACUAUUAAAUUUUUAGUGUAUCUCACCAGUGUCAUUGCAAAUAAGUUUCUAGAUAAAAUGUUGUUUUUUUUUUUUUGCAGCAUUGUUAAAAACCUGUGUACGGGAGGAUUUAUGACUGUAAUAAAAUACAUCUUCAGGUUUGCAGUCGUGUCGCUAGCACUUAAAACCAUUGUUUCACUUAUCACUACAGCCGUAGCGUUUUCAAUUACAAUACAGUAAGCUGGGUACUAAAGAAAGUUUUUGUGUAACAAAACUGUUGACAGGAACGUAUAUGUAUAUAUGAGAAGCGCAAACCAAACAUUUUUGAUUUGUGACAGGCAGUCAGAAUAUCAUUAAUCACUUUAAACUUACAUGAGCAAUGCCAUCAUCACAGCUUUCUGUAUGUCAGAUGUAGUUCCUUACAAUUACUGUGGGGAUUAUUCAUUUAAAGGAACACUCCACUGAUUUUAAUUUGUUUUUCACAAUUUAGUAGACUUACCGCAUGUUUUUCUGCAUCUAGGAUAUAUGAAGAAACAGUUUACAAAUGCUGCAUCCCUUUAUCUCAGACACAUAUUUUCAGUGUGUUCCAGUGAAUAAACCAAUCAGAGUCUUAUCAUUGGGAUUCCUCUAUGCUGGAUCCGCGAGUCCUACACAUGGUUGCAGCUUUCCUAUGCGUUUGCGUCUUACUGAGACUUAAUACAGCUCACUGAGAAGGAGGGAAGGCAGGCACCCUAUAGCUUAGCACGUUAGCACUGCGGAGCUAGCAGAUGCAGAAGUAGAGAGGUGUUUUUGCCCCCAAUUAUAAAAGUGAUGAUUUGUAUUGAAUUCAGCACUUUUAUAAACUGUCACAAAUAGGACAGAUUCCAGCGUGCUGAAGUGCUUUAUGUGUCUGGAGUGUUCUUAACUACUAAUUAUAUAACAUUAACAAAAUCAAAAGUAUUGCAAUGUAUAAAUCAAAAUACAUGUGUUAUAAAAAAAAUCUCCAUCUUGG